GCCCAAUGACGACCGGUUCUCACCUCAGCCAACACAUCAAGGUCCAACUCCACUCCAGAUGAAACAUGGCACCUGGAGUGACUGAGUCACUUGCUUUUUCUAACCGUACGGCACUCGAGGUUUUUAUGAGGCAAAAGCAAACCCACCUUGAUGUGUUGCGGCGUGAUUGGCCGGGGGCGUCGACGAUGGUUGAACAGCUCAUAAGGUAUGAACUGGGGUCUCAAUGCAUACUAUUGACGUAUACCAGCUGCUAUAUCCUGCGAGUGCCCCCCUGAAUAUUGCAGUUGGUUGUAUUUGCAAUCGUGCCUGUUUGACCGUUUCCCCUCCUUCUGGAGCUUUUUGCGAUCUGUUGGUAUUUCUAUUCCACAAGUUCUGUCGAGUUGAGGGAGAGCAGAGGUAAACGAUAGACACAAUGGUCGUCAACGGCAGCAACAUGUCAGCGAGGUAUGCGCCGAAGCCGGAAUUUGACGAUGAGGUCGAGGAGUAUGAGCAGCCGGAGCUGUCACCAUACGAUACUCGCCUCGUCAUCGUCUUGAUGGGUCCUGGCGAGCGCAAAUACUCCAUCCCGGAAUACUACCUCAAGCAGUCCCCUGUGUUCGCAGACAUCCUCAGCACAUACCCUAACUUCAUCACCCGGACGACUCCCUGCAUCGCACUGCCCGACAUCGACGACGACAUCACCCACACCAUCGUGCACUACCUCCACACCGGCGCCUACCAAACUCUCCGACAAGGCGGCGACUGGACGAAGACAGAGUACCGUCGGAGCGUGCUCGCCUACUCGGCGGCGUCCAAGUACGAACUCCGGGGUCUGCUGACCCUCGCGAAGAAGUACAUGCAGAAGCUCGACAAGGAUCUGUCCAUAUUCGAUGUCUUGAGUGUCGCCAGGAAGGCCUUCGGGAAGAUCCCUGAUUAUGAUCAGUGGUUCUUCAGCACUUAUGUCAAGAGCCGCUUGGCAGCCGCCUUCGACGAGGACGAGGAUUUGUUCGAGAGCCCGCGAUUCCAGUAUCUCCUUGGCGCGGAGCCAGGCUUCGUCACUUGCUUGGUGCAGGCAAUGGUGGCAAUCUAUGAGGCCAAGUUAUCCGAGCUGAAGCAGUUCCCGAGGAUAAAUGGUGUCCAUGACGGCGAGGGAGAGGGGAUGAAUGGUGAUGAUGACAGCGGAUACCCUACCAGUCCCGGACGAGGAUAUAACAAGGCAGUGAUUUUCAUCGAGGAGACCCUGUCUGACCGACCGCCAUCAGAGGGUCCUAUUUCCGAGGGAUAUCCUGAAUCGGUCCCUGACGACACGGGCCCGAUGGAGGCCUUCCCCGCGUUGACCGACGACGUCUACGUUCCUGAGACACAUACAGAGGAGAGGUAUGCCCCAGCUGACGAGCCGAUCGCUGAAGAGUCCUUUCCAGAGACCCAGGCUCAGGAUCAGGCUCAGGAUCAGACUCACCCACAAGAACCGGAGAAUCCGCCGGCGACUGAUCGCUGGACUACAUGGCGGGGGUGGGGGAGCAAAGACCGGGACUGGUUCAGGGAGGUGCACGAGUCGCCUGCCCCUGAGAAGCCUGCUCCAGAGGCACGCGUGGAGGAAGCUGUUCCCGAGUACUCGGAGAUCCAACGUACAAUGACUGAAGAGACAGGGACCGAAAGCGUCCCCGCCGACACGGGGAAGAAGCUGGGGAAGAAGAGCCGGAAGAAGAAGAUGCGGGCGCUGUUUUCUUCCGCAGAGGAGCCCAAGGCGGAGCCACAGGCCGCAUACUGACGAGAUAUUGAGCGCACUUAGAAAGACUGUACAAAAGGGUGGUAUGUAUGUAAUUUGAGAAGAGCUUAGUUGCUUCACAUUUAAUGCG